GCUGGUAUUUGUAACCAUUGUCUUAGGGUCGCAGAAGAUUGUUUUGAUAGGAUAUCAUCAGCUAUAUUAUAUAGUGCAAGAUUAUCAAUUUUGGAAGGAUUUCGUGUUCUUUUAACUGGUUUUUAUUUAGGAGUGGAUUCUACUUCUAUUUCAAUUAGAUUAAUGAUACAAGUUCUAAGAUUCAUUUCUUUAUUCGACUCAGAAGUUCUAGUCAUUCUCUUUGUC